UAGGGCAAGAGAGCGAGGAAAGGACAACGCCGAGUAGAGGAUUUUGCCCGUUUUCUCACGUGUCCUGGCUAUAUACAACAACAUUUGUUGGCUUUGGUGUUUAAAUUAGUGGGCGAGUGCAGUCGCGACGAGGUGACUUUGAAAAGGAGAAGGAUGUUGCUUUUCUACUAGCACAAUGCCUGUCAAGCUCAGUGCUUAACGUGUCUCAACGUGUUGUCCGCAAUCUGCAAGAAAACGGAACCGUCUAUAACAAUGCCUACCAGGAAGAACGGAAUCAGAGACAUUGAAACGGACUCUUGGCGAUCUGCAAAGAGCCUGGACACCCGAUAGCAGUCUUUGAAGCCCCACAAUCGGGCAUGUUGCUGCUGUGACCAACUGCACCCAGUGCAACAACCCCCUUGGCAGAAAGACGAGACUGGAGGUGAGUGAGAUGGGGGUGAUGAAGAGCCAUGGCUCGCGGUGUUCCUUCUUCCUGGGCUUCAUCGUGGGCUCCUGCACCCUCUACUUCUUCCUGCGGCAGGUGUGGUUUGAGCAAGGCUUCCUCUUCACCCGUCGCAAGGGGCCUCAUCAUGGCCUCGACGCGGCAGCAGGAGUCACAGAGCAGAGUAAAGACUGGAGGGUGGAGGGAGCAGCACUGGUCAACCUCAGACACCCGCAUGAAGAAGGAGAAGACAGCCAUGUCGCGGACGAGCUGUACAAGAAAGUGCGUAUUCUGUGCUGGGUGAUGACGGGACCCAGCAACCUGCAGACCAAAGCUCGUCAUGUGAAGUCCACGUGGAGCCGCCACUGCAACGUGGUGGUCUUCAUGAGCUCCGUAGAUGACCCAGACCUGCCAGCCGUAGGCCUGGGCACUGGGGAGGGCAGAGACCAGCUCUACUGGAAGACCAUCCGCGCCUUCCACUACGUCCUGGAGAAACACGGUGAUGAGGCCGACUGGUUCCUAAAGGCUGACGACGACACCUUUGUGGUGGUGGACAACUUGCGCUGGAUCCUGUCCAACCACACGGCAGAAGAGCCCAUCUACUUCGGCAAACGCUUCAAGCCCUUCGCCAAGCAAGGGUACAUGAGUGGCGGCGCGGGCUAUGUCCUGAGCAAGGAAGCAUUAAAGCGCUUUGUGGAGGGCUUCCGCACCAAGGUGUGCACCCACACCUCGUCCGUGGAGGACCUGGCUUUGGGCCAGUGUAUGGAGAAGAUGGGGGUGGUGGCAGGGGACUCCAGGGACACACUGCACCGAGAGACAUUCCACCCCUUCGUCCCCGAGCAUCAUCUGACGGGCACAUUCCACAAGAGCUUCUGGUACUGGAGCUAUUGUUUCUACCCUAUUGUGGAGGGUCCCCAGUGUUGCUCUGACCUGGCCGUCUCCUUCCACUACGUGGACAAUGUCCUCAUGCACACUCUGGAAUACUACACCUACCACCUGCGGCCCUACGGCUACAGCUAUCGCUACCGGCCGCCCCUGCGCCAGGGCCUUGUUGACCCUGUACAGACUGAAGGGCAGGGGGCAGAUCCCAAGCCAGCAGAGGCACAACCAGGAGCACCAGCUGACCCAGGUGCUCAGGCCCAACCCUUGGACAAGAGCCAAGGCAAGCCUGAGGAGAGACCGAGGCCACAGGCAGAGGGUCAAACACCUGCAAAGGGAACACUGGAUGGGCAUGCAAGUGUCAACAGGACUGCAUCUACUGACACAAGCCCCAAGCACUAGCAUCCACAAAGGGAGACUCUUUAUACUGUAUGUGUGUGUCUGUGUGUUCUGCUAUAGUUGUAGGUGUAAAGGAUAUUUUUCUAAUUAGAAGUGCUAUAAAGGAUUGAGGGGUCACAGGAUGGUAAAUAAUGUGGCUUCUAAUUGUAUGCACACAUCAAAAAUGACUACUAAAGUGACCACAUUGGAGCCUGGAAAUCACUAUUUGCCUGUGUAGAGACAUUCACAGACAGCAAAGUAAUAAAUGAACCUUGACGUGGUUUAGUGAAAACCGAUCAGAAUGUAUAAAUACUGACAGCCCAUUGGAACCUGUGAGACGGACCUAUUGACAAGCUAACUCGAGUAUUCCACUGUCACGUCAUGCGCACACACUGAAAAUGCACAAAAUGAAAAUUUGAUUGCAGUUA